CUCCUCAUCAUCUUCAAGUAGCUCCUCAGAUAGCGAAAGUGAGGAUGAAAAGGAGAAGAAGAAGAAGAAGAAGAAAAAAAGAAGAAGAAAGAGAAGUCAAAGAAAAAGACUGCAGGCAAUGCUGCUUUAUCUGAGUCAGGACUUGUCACCGAUAUGGCUGUUCCCUUUACUGAAGGACAGGAUGAGGAGCUGAUGAAGUGUAAAGAUGAUAAGUUAGAUGGAUCUGGUUCAUCAUCGGAGAGUGAGGAUGAGAAAAAGAAGAAGAAAGACAAAAAGAAAAAGAAGAAGAAAGACACAUCUAAAAAGAAGAAAAAGAAGAAGGAUUCCAGCUCCAGCAGUUAUUCCUCUGAUAGUUCCACAGACAGUUCUAGUGAGGAUGAGAAGAAAAAGAAAAAGAAGAAAAGAAAGAAGAAGAAGAAGAAGAUGAAGAAGAAGAAGAUGAAGAAGAAGGAUUCCAGCAGCUCAUCUUCAGACAGCUCCAGUGAGGAUAAGAAGAAGAAGAAGAAGAAGAAGAAGAAGAAGAAGAAGACAAAGGGUAAAAAGGACAAGAAAGAUGAGAAGAAUAAGACUCAGGAGACCGAGGAGGGCGAGGAGAAAAUCGAAGAGGACAGUGUGAUUGGUGUUUCCUCCACUGCGGACUUCCCAUCUGGAUUCUCCUGUGUGAAGGAGGACGAUGACGGACACAUGAGUGAUGAUGAAGGAGAGGGACCGGAGGGGGAGAAAAAGGAAAAGAAAAAGGAGAAGAAAAAGAAAAAGGAUUCUGGAUCUUCCUCCUCUUCCUCUGACAGCUCCUCUUCAUCUUCAUCAGACAGCGAGGAUGACAAAAAGGAAAAGAAGAAAAAGAAAAAAGAUUCCAGAUCCUCUUCCUCAUCAGACAGCUCAUCUUCUUCAGACAGCGAUGACGACAAAAAGAAGAAAAACAAGAAGAAAGACAAGAAAACAAAGAAGAAGAAGAAGAAGAAGAAGAAGAAGGGGUCAGGUUCCUCCUCGUCUUCAUCGGACAGUGAUGAUGACAAGAAAAAGAAGAAGAAGAAGAAGAAGAAGAAGAAGAAGAAGAAAAAUAAUAAGAAGAAGAAGGGUUGCAGCUCCUCAUCUUCAGACAGUGAUGAUGACAAGAACAAGAAGAAGAAGAAAGACAAGAAGAAAAAGAAGAAGAAGGACAAGAAAAAGAAAGAUAAAAAAGAUUCCUCCAGUUCCUCGUCAUCUUCAGACAGCUCCUCAUCCUCUUCAGACAGUGAGGAUGACAAGAAGAAAAAGAAGAAAAAGAAAGACAAGAAAAAGAAAGACAAGAAAAAGAAAGACAAGAAAAAGAAAGACAAGAAAAAGAAAGACAAGAAGGACUCUGACAGUGGAGAGGAUAAAAAGCAGAAGGACAAGGAUAAGAAGGACUCCUCCUCCUCCUCUUCAUCAGGGAGUGACAAGGAGAACAAGCCCAAGAAACCCGAGCAGGGAGGAGAAGGAGAUGGCGGGCAGUCGAGGGAGGACUGCAGCCCUGGAGGACUGCACGGGCUAGACAAGUUCGAACCCCCCAAAGGGCCAUCCACUUACAAGUUCGACGAUGACUAUAAAUUCAAGAGCCAUCUGGAGCCAAAAGCCAAGCCGACCUCGCUGUCUAUCUCCUCCCAGCUCGCUGUCACAGACAACAGCCUCAGGCCCACGUCCCGCUAUGAGAGCUCCACCUCCGCCUCGCUCCGGUCCCCGAGGAGCCCCACAGCGAGGCCUGUUAGUGCCAUGGAGUCCCUCAUGGGGGACCCUGGCAGGGCUGGAGGGGCAUCUGGUGUGUCUGGGACCAGGUCCUCUCUGGUCAGGUCCAGCGACAUACUGCGUGGGCCGAGACCAUAUGAGCCAGCAGGGGGAAAAUAAAAGAGGAGGAUAGCGGCAGCGGCUCAGAGUGUCUCUGACCGCCAGUAGCCUGCUCAGUGGCAGUCUGGGAAGAUGGAAAUAAAAAAUCCCGCUGUCACAUUUGAGAUGGCAGAGAUGAAAUGGCGGCGGUCAAUUUU